GGCAGCCCCUAUCGAACGAUGGUUAGGACCCGGUCGGCUAAACCAGCAGCUCAGCAUCAUCUGUGCGAGGACUCCAGCUGAAUGGGCCUGCACCACUUGGGACAGGUGAUGGGGCAGGUGCUGGGGUUUGGACACUGCAAAGAAUCUGCCUCGACUGUCUCCACCACUCCAGAUUCCACCCCGUCCUCUACUGAAGUGGAGUACUCAGGGGUUUUCCCUGCUUUCCGGCCUGCCCAGGUGCCAGUGAGGACUUCUUGGAACCCCAAACUGCGCAGGAGCAUUCUGAUGAUGAUCUGCUGACAGACAGCUCCCUAUACUGGGGGACACCCCGACAGAUGUCCCUGGAGUCCAUGCUGUCCUGCGGAACUCCCCUGGGCCAGCAGCCAUCCUGCUUUCCAGGGGGUUUCCCAAGCAGCGGCUCCCCGGAGCUGCCAGCAAGAGGUUUGGAAGAGGCCACCCAUGGCCCUGGAAGGAAGAGACCCUCGAAAUGCGACGCAGCCCAGACAACAAAAGAGAAAUGUUCUGUGCCGAGGGGGGUGGUCCGCACUGAGACAAUCGAGACCUUUCUAGCGGAGGAAGAGGACGAGCUGGAGGCCUAUCACGUUCAUGUUGAAGUGGCUGGCGGACAUUGGCACAGCGUGGAGCAGGAGAUAAUGCCAGAGCCCAGGGACAGCACUGACGGGUAUCCCUUGCAGUCCAGCUCAGAGAUCCCAGUUUUGGAAAGCAUCCCAAUCCACCAGGAUCCUGAGGAGGACACGGCAUCAGAAUCGAGACUUGAAAUGGAGCCUCAGGAAGAGGGGCGAUUGAAGGGCAGCCCAGAGCUUGGGAUCCUCCCAAUGGAAGAAUCCGGAAGCCAAAAGGACGCUGAGGUAUUUGAAGCACAGACCAUGGAGGUGGAGACUGAUAGUGGAAGGUGGAUGGAGGACCUUUAUUCUGACCAGACCAAGCCCGGUCAGCAACAGGAGGCAUCACUGAGCAGCAAAUCUGGUGUAGGGACAAUGACUGAGGAAGAGGGCGCGCCUUCAGCCUCCUCCCUACAACCUGUCACAGAAGCCGAGAAUAUGGUGGUUGAGCUGGAAGUGAUCGGAGCAGCAGGAGUUGAGAUAGCGACAGAAACAACAAAGGUGAAGAGCUUGACGGACACGGUUGAAACAGUUGGUUCAAGAGAUGGGCUGGAGCCUGUGGAAGUGAUGGGCACCGUAGAAGCUAUGUUACCAGGAGCAUGUGACUGCAGCGUUUACACAGAUGAUACCAUUGUCUGCCAACACUCACUCACCCCGGUCACAGUGCCAAGUGUGAAUGAAACUCAGGAAGUGACAGAUGUGGAGAUGUGGGCAGACAAUUGGCAGUCACCACGGCAACCCAGUGCCUUCGAACAAUCAGAUCAUCCCAAAUCACAAGGCUUGGAAGCAGUAGACCAAUCAGUGACUGACCUUCUGUACUGGGAGGAUGUUAAGAAGACGGGCACCGUGUUUGGUGCCAUUAUCCUCAUCUUGUUCUCCCUCACCCAGUUCAGUGGUAUCAGCGUGCUGGCAUACUUGACACUGUCUGUCCUCUCUGUCACCAUUAGCCUCCGCCUUUACACGUCUGCUCUUCAUCUGAUCUACAAAACCCAGGAGGUCCACCCAUUCCAGGUCUAUCUCGAUUUGGACAUCGCUCUGUCCCAGGAACAGAUGCGGAAAUACUUCGAAGUGACAGUACUUUAUGUGACCAGUGCCAUUUCACACCUUCGCCGGUUGUUCCUGGUCGGAGACCUGCUGGAUUCACUGAAGUUCGGAGUGCUGCUGUGGUUGAUGACAUAUGUCGGAGCCAUAUUUAAUGGCCUGACCCUCACUAUUCUGGCAACAGUCGCCAUCUUCAUUGUUCCUUUGGUGUAUCGGAAACACAAGGUUCACAUCAAUCAGUACCUGGGGCUGGUGAGAGGACAGAUCAAGGAAUUCACAGCAAAGAUCCAGGCCAAGCUCCCAGGAUCCAAACCCAAAGCUGAAUGAGAAAAUCAAGAGGUGAACCCACAGUCACUGAGCAAACUCCUGGACCCACCAAUGCAAUUAAUCUUUAUAAUCGAGAGUCUUAACCGCCCACAAGUCAGAGCACAGGGACCGAACAUCUUUUUAAAAGGCUACAUAUGUCACUUGACCCAAGGGACAGCCUUUCAGAUUAAGUUAUCUUUUAAUGCAGGACACAAUCCUACUCCACCUGCUGGCCUCUUCACAACAGCGAUACCUCACAGGAGCCUGGAUGGAGUGUGAACAUGGCUUUAUUAGUUAAUAAAUUCAGAAUUUAGCCUGAGGGGGCUGUGGAUCUAGAGGAGGGGAGGGAUGGGUAUUGUAAGGAGGCCAGGCCUUGUGAGUGAAGGGAGUUAAGAGUUCAGGGAGGGAGUUAUACAUUGAAAAGCAGAGACAGGAGCUGUAGACAAAAAAAAAACAAAAGAACUAGGGUCUCUGCUGUUCGAUAUGAUCAUAGCUUAUUUUCUACCUCAGCUUCACUUUCCCACCCACUUUCCACCUCCCUCUGAUUCUAUAAGAGGCCUUAUUUAUACUAGAUAUUGGAGCAUCCUUAAGCCUCUGAGGUACAGUGCUGGGUGACAUCUUUAGGUAGAGGGUGGUUAAAGUAUAGAGUUGUAGGAUGAGGGGAUCAGGCAGAAGGGGUUUAGGGUGUAGAGGUGAAAAUGCUCCUUCAGAGGCACUGAGUCACCAAACAUGGAAUUAUCAUUUACAGCCAGUGGUUUGAAAGGUUCAAGAUUUACACAAAACCUCUCAGUCUGAAAACUUCUCAUCCCUUUUAUUUCUUCGACGGAACUUGGGUAUCAGUGGCAAGGUCAGCAUUUGUGGCCUAUCCUAGCUAUGCUGGUGACUGCUGCUGUGGGGGGUCUGGAGUCACAUGUAGGCCAGACCAGGUGAGGGUGGACAGAUUUCCUCUGCUUAAAGGGACAUUAGUGAACUGGAUGGAUUUUCACAACCAUCAAUAGUUGCUCACUAGGACUCGCUUUCAGUUGGGAUUUCAACCCACACCCCCAAACCCUUCUACUGUGCUACUGGAUUGCUAGCCCAGGGAUGAUCCCACUAUGCCGGCCUCUCCCCUUAAGAGCUUUAUGUUUCCGUAUGGAUAACCUUUGAGGGUGGGUUUGGCUGUGAGACCCUUCAUGUCUGAUGUCUUGCUGUCUUGGUCAAACUUGAGAAACAGCCACAUGAAUAUGUCCACCCAAUGUUCAUGGAAACACCAACCCUCAAAAUGUGACAACUGUGAGAGACACUGGGGCGAAAAAGCCUGUAUGUAUUUUUUUUAAUGGUGCUUGCUGCAUAUGAACUAAAGCAUCAAAAAUUAUGAUAUAUUACAAAUGCUACAUCUGCAUGCAAUUCCCAUUAACUUUUCCUCCUACUAUUUAAUUGUGAAGUCCAUGUCUCAAAGUCUCGGUAAACGAUGUGACACUGUAAUAGCAUCCUUCCCCCAGUGGUGGUCCCUGCAGGCCUGACAGGAGGUCGGGAUUAUAACAGGGGAAAGGUCCCAGCUGUAGGUGACAGCACAAGGCAGGUGACUGUGAGCAGACUGUCCAUCAUAUACCAUCAAACUAUAAUUCAGUAAUUAGCCAGGAAUGUGAUAGGAGCCAGUUCAUGCCUGUCUCUUGUUGUGCUGCCAGCUAAUGUUAAAGAUCAUGCUCAGCAAUAUCCUUGAAAAACACAGAGUUAGGAACUUAUAAUAGGAAUUUAACAGUUGGAAAUGAAUUUACACAGGGAAGUAAAUUACACUCCACAAGCUCUGGUUCUAUAAACCCCACCUAUAUAUCUUCUGAGAACAUAAACUGACAUUGUACAUAUACUUCUAAGUUAAACAGUGAUUUACUUCAGUAUUCUGCACUUUUUAAAAGUCAUUCACAGGGUGAGGGCAUCACUGACCAGGCCAGCAUUUAUUGCCCAU